UUCAUUAACAACCCUCGUCACACUCACCCACCCACUCCUCAGCCGACACCAUUUUGAAAUAUUCCUAUAUAACCAGAGUUUCAUACGCAUAGCUAAUAUUGCACUUACCUUAGAUCUGAAAUUUUUCCUCCGCUGCAGCAAAAAAAUAUAUCAAAACAAUGGAGUACGAGGGAAUUCUUUUGGGCAUGGGCAAUCCAUUACUCGACAUCUCAGCUGUUGUAGAUCAAGAUUUCUUGAACAAGUAUGACAUCAAGCCAAACAAUGCAAUUCUUGCUGAGGAGAAGCACUUGCCUAUGUAUGAUGAACUGGCAUCCAAGAGCAAUGUUGAAUACAUUGCUGGAGGUGCAACACAAAAUUCUAUCAGAGUGGCUCAGUGGAUGCUACCAUUUUCAGGUGCAACAAGUUACAUGGGCUCGAUUGGAAAGGACAAGUUCGGGGAGAAAAUGAAGAACAAUGCAAAGGAUGCUGGCGUCAAUGUUCAUUACUAUGAGGAUGAUGCUCCAACAGGGACUUGCGCUGUUUGUGUACUAGAUGGCGAGAGGUCAUUGGUAGCCAACUUAUCAGCUGCAAACUGCUACAAGGUUGACCAUUUGAAGCGACCAGAGAACUGGGCCUUGGUUGAGAAGGCCAAGUUUUACUACAUUGCUGGAUUCUUUCUCACUGUUUCCCCAGAAUCUAUUCAGCUUGUUGCUGAGCAUGCCGCUGCCAAUAACAAGAUCUUCUCGAUGAACCUUUCAGCACCAUUCAUCUGCGAGUUCUUCAGGGAUCCCCAAGAGAAAGCCUUGCCGUAUAUGGACUUUGUAUUUGGAAAUGAGACCGAAGCAAGAACCUUCUCAAAAGUACAUGGAUGGGAGACUGAUAAUGUUGAAGAAAUAGCUCUGAAAAUCUCUGAAUGGCCAAAGGCAUCUGAAACACACAAAAGGAUCACUGUUAUUACACAAGGUGCUGAUCCUGUUGUUGUUGCUGAGAAUGGGAAGGUGAAGUUGUUCCCUGUAAUACCGUUGCCAAAAGAGAAACUUGUUGACACCAAUGGUGCUGGGGAUGCAUUUGUUGGGGGUUUCUUGUCACAAUUGGUUCAAGGAAAACCUGUUGAAGAUUGUGUAAGAGCAGGAUGUUACGCGUCAAAUGUUAUCAUCCAAAGGUCGGGUUGCACAUACCCUGAGAAACCAGAUUUUGCAUAAGAUAAGUUCUUAUUCUUGGUUUCUAGUGUUAUCUUGACAGAACAUAUUCGACUUCUAGUAUUUAGUACUUGGUCGAGUAAUUCCAAUUGUUGGGCUAUUGUUCCCAAAAUUCUACCCAUGUUGUGAGGAAUUUUGAUUGCCUUUUCAUCAUUUGAGAUUUGAGAAUAAUAUUGUACUAGAAAAUUUAAAAUAAUUCUUCCAAUUUCUGGGCUAUUGUUCCCAUAUUUCUAGCGUGUUGUAAGGAAUUUUGACUGUUUUUUCAUGUCAUUCGAGAAUAACAUUGUAUUAGGAAAAUAGAAAUGUGUCUUUUCCCAA